AUGGAAGUUUUGUUCAAAAAAAUUAAUUUACAUUUUGUUAAUCAACACCCUCUUGAAAAAUUCAAAACAUUUCCAUUACACGAAAAAAUUAUUUAUAUUGGAGGUAUACAUGUUGAAGAAAAGAAAAUCUUGACAGAGAAAAUUUAUAAACUGAACAAUAAAAGGGUAAAAUUAUUUUAA